UUACACCCGGCUCGGCUGACUCUCCCACCAGAGAACAAGACGACAUCAUCACCCCCGGAAGCCGAAGAUAGCGAAGGAGAGACGCGUGUGGAUCCACAUAUUUACAUACCAACGAUUUCUCGGAUGAAGAUUUCUGGACUGGGCUGAUCAGGAUGUCAUCGGAGCCGGAGACGAGCGGGGAGACGGCUGGAAGAAGGUCGAGGAGAUCGUCGGCGGAUCUACUGCGAGGCUUGCUGGGACAUGAGAUGCGGGUGGAGAUCGUCGAUGGACGGAUCUUCGAAGGGAUCUUCGUCUGUCUCGACAAGCCCGUCAACCUCGUCCUCGACCAGGCCCUCGAAUCAUUCUCCAACAAUACUGCUACCACCCCUCGGGAUGUAGGCCUCAUACUCAUCCCUAUUCGUCACAUCAUUCGCGUCCAGGCUCCAUCAAAGUACCUCAGAGACCCUUGUCUGUUUACUACUAUCGAACUGCCUUCUCCAGAUCAAUCGAACACGUGAAGGAGAGCAUUCAUGCUUAACCUACGAAUCGACUGAGCAUACGAGUCUCUAACAAAUCUAAUCAAUGAAUACGGACCAAACCUCAAAUUGCAAUGUCACCACAAUCCUGUGCUACAUGUUUAUCUUGGCUUAUAAGCGGGAAUCUCGAUCACUCGUCAAGAACAAGACUCUUCUGACGAUGUCUAGCCAACAGACGAGUCCUUGAUUGUUAAAUCCUGCAAGGUUCAAGAUCAUACAUUGAACAAAUAGAUUACACUAAUACAUUUCAGAAACUUUCAUAAUUAUACAUAAUCUACAACUUCCAUCAUGUAAAAGUAAAUCUAGUAAAAAUCAACAUCAGUUCGUUGGAGCCUCAUCAAGCCAAAAAGGUAACAGUACAAUCCACGGGAGGGAAAUGAAUCUAGAGUUACUGAGAGUAUAAGUAGGGAUCACCCAGACCAAUGGCAGCUAGUUGUUCGUGCUCCAUAUGAGCUGGGCUGUUAUGGAGAGUGAAAUCAGAAGUGAUGGCAAGCGGAUCCGAGUUUGCAUGACGUGACGAGUUUCAAGCUUUUAUGAUGGUGGUCAGGGAGGUGAUGAUUGGCUAUCUUCAAAGUCAAACAAGACGGGAGCGUAAUAUCGGUCUUGGCCGGCGGGGCUUGCUUGAGCGUCGACCCAGAGCAUCGAAUCUCUCAUGACCGCCUUAUUCAAUGCAUCCUUAACCCGUUCAGGCGUCCAGUUUUGCGAGUUUUGCAGCAGCCGAUCGGUGGUAUAGCCUUUCGCCUGGGGUGCUGAUAAGAUUGAAUCGAAGAUGACCAGCGAAUCGUUGUCUAAUUCGGCCGGUACGGAGCGGAUGAACUUCUUUGAACCGAUGGUGAUGAUUGAAUAACCUGAUCCAAGUGGUUCGAGAGAUUUGAUCGCACGAGCGAUGUCUGGUUCAGUGAUCGUGGUAUUCAAGAGGUCGGAGAUUGAGCCCAUCGGCUUGGCAGCGUUGGUGGGAGUUUCAGUGCUAGAGGAUGGGAGUUGAGCGGUUCCAGGGAGGUCGCGGAGGGACCGCACGGCCUUG